ACUAAGCUACUCUAACUUUUUAAGGAUAAACGGGUUCUUUAAUCUUACACAUUACAUAUAUGCGUCAUUCAGACUUAUAACCGAUAUACUCCCUCAAGUACGUUCUAACUUGUGCGUAAGAGUACUUACGCAGGGACGCUUUGCAGGUCACCGAAACUCCGAGCUGGUAGGAGUACGUCGAGACUAUGUGUUCAACCGGGUUCAACAUACUAGGCAUACAAUUACAAAAAUCACAAAUAAUGAUUUCUUUAUGUUAUUCAUCAAUCACAAGGGUAGAUUUGUCACUCUCGAAGGGCAUGAGUAUUAUUAUGGUGAUUUUGUUGCCACGGUUACUGGGUUGGAUGCAGAUAGGCUAGGUUAUUUUAACAUCGAAGAUCAAAUAAAGAAGCUGGGAUAUGAAAACUGGGGUAGAAUAUGUUAUAAGCAUCGGACAACACAUGAGUUUCAGGAUAUAAAAGAUGAUGCUG